AAACAGAUUUGUAAUAGAGAGCAUCUAUAAUGUAAUGUCUUGAUCGGGGAGACGGUCAAGAAACGGAAACUGGGAAGUACCGCUGUGAAAAACUUUGUGUUCUGUUAUGAGACACAACACAAACAGAAAACUACGCAACUAAUUUAAGAGGGUUUAUAGUCUGAGUUUUUGACGACUAUCAGUCAUAAAUUGUGUCUGACAAGAUGGAUUCAAAUUUAAUGUUUUCUAACGAUGGGACAGUUCAUACAAUUGAAAUGGGAAAUACAUUUCGUAAAAAGAAGAGAACUGCCUUUCAUACUGUUAGAUAUGACUUUAAACCUGCCUCUGUUGAUUUAAACCAAGAAGGUCAAAUGGAUGUUGGCGAAAAUAAUGAUGUUACAGUUACUUUGCCUCAUUCACAAGGAUCACAAAGUGUUUAUAAAGGUUCAAAGAAACCAGUCCAAAAGGAAUGUGUUUUAAUAUAUGAUCCUACAAGUGGGAGUUUUACUUUAGAAAGAAUAACAUCACAAAUACAAGUAAAAAAGACAAGACAAGCUGGAAACAUUAAGCCACAACAAACCAGCACUUUACCUCCAGCAAAUCCUUUGAAAAUGCCCAAGAAAAAGGCCACGAAAAAGAGUGCGAUUCAAAAACUGGUGAAACAAGCCCAUGUUCUUCCUGAAGUUAUGAAAUGCGAUGAUAAUGAUGAUGAAGCUUAUGGAAUACCAAGAGUGAUAAACAAUCAACCAUCAGAAUAUGACAUACGGAACCCACCACCUCAAGAGGUACACGAACCUGUUGUCCAGAAACAUGAAACAACCGGUAAUGCAGGAACACUGAGUAGUUCGGAUGAUGAUGAUUCGAGCAGUUCGGGAAGUUCAAGUUCAGAUGAUUCAACCAGUAGUUUGGAAUGCUCAAAAAAGCUUGAUGAUGGUAAAAUAUACAUAAAAGCAUUAAAUUCUGACUUCAAAAGUCUUCAUGACGAUCUACGACUUAGUGACUCAGAUUCGGAAUCGGACUCAGAUUGAAGGAUUGUGUUUUAGUUGCAUUUAAUUGCAAGCUGUGGUGAAAUGUAUGCGCCAAGAGUGAAGGUUCAAGAUGGUGGCAAUGGUUCGCUAUCAUGUUGGUUAUUCUGGUGUGUUGUUCAAGGAGAUAUAACGUUUGUCGUUGUGUAAAAUAAAUUAUUUGUUCCUUG